AGCAAACGAGGUGAGACCGCAUCAUGGGACCCCAAACCUAAACGAGGAAAAAAAAAUAUGGAAAAGAAACAAGAUUAAGAAUUGGGGUUUGAAGAAGCCGGUGGUGUCUCCUUGCUUGUUCUCGAUCGAUCUUGUUAUUGUAAAAUAUAAUAACUUUUUUAUAUCGUGAUCAAGAUGCGCCGAGGGAGAGCCACCGCCGCCGUCGUGGAUCCGACGGCGGAGCAGGCGAAGGAGACGCGGUUCCGCGGCGUCAGGAAGCGGCCGUGGGGGCGAUUCGCGGCGGAGAUUCGAGAUCCGUGGAAGAAGCAGCGCGUGUGGCUGGGGACGUUCGAUUCCGCCGAGGAUGCCGCGCGGGCUUACGACAAGGCUGCCCGAUCCUUCCGCGGGCCCAAGGCCAAGACCAAUUUCCCCUCCUUCCCCGGCCCGACGGACCACCACUCCUCGCAGCAGAUUCCGCCGCUCUACCAGGCCCACGGGCUUUCCACCAAGUUCGAGCCCGCCCAGGUGAACCGGCCCACCACCAGCGGCAUGAGCAGCACCGUGGAGUCCUUCAGCGGGCCUAGGGUUCCCCCCUCCUCCUCCUCCUCUCGCAAGCCCCUUGUGGUUGUUAACCCUAUCAUCCCUCUCGACGACGACGACGACGAUUGCCACAGCGAUUGCGACUCUUCUUCCUCCGUCGUCGACGACCAGGACUGCGUCCUCACCUCCUCCUUCCGGCAACCGCUUCCCUUUGAUCUAAACCUCCCGCCGCCCGAUGCCGCCUACGACGACGACGACGACGACGACGUCCCCGCCACCGCGCUGUGCCUCUGAUGAAGAAGAGUCUCUUCUCGAGUAAUAUUAUAAUAUAGGCAUGGAGAUGGAUGGAUGGAUGGAAGGUUGUGUUGUUGUAAGUUAUUUGGAUCCAUAGCAUUGGACCUCAUCUGGAAAACUGGUUGCUGCUUCUGCUUUCUUCAUGGAUCUGCUUCUUACCCUUACCCUUACCCCCCAAUUAGAACUUACUCUCUUUUUCUUACUUUUCUGUACAAAAAUCAUGGCAAUCAGAUCAUAGAAUAAAUUACAUUCUAAUCAAUUACUCUU